UUUUCAUAACUUUGAACCCUCUUUAACUUCUUAUUCUCUCUCUGUUUCCUGUUUUUGAUUGGAUCGACAUGUCGAAGAACGUUCUGGUGUCCGGCGGCGCCGGUUAUAUAGGAAGCCACACGGUGUUGCAGCUGCUGUUAGGGGGUUACAGAGUGGUGGUCGUUGAUAAUCUGGACAAUUCCUCCGACGUUGCUAUCGAAAGAAUUGAAGAACUCGCCUCUGAAGUCGCCGGAAACCUUUCUUUUCACCAGGUGGAUCUUCGGGACAGACCAGCACUCGAAAAGAUUUUCGCCCGGACAAAGUUCGAUGCUGUGAUUCACUUCGCUGGACUGAAAGCGGUUGGUGAAAGUGUACACGAACCCUUACUCUAUUACAACAACAAUAUCAUCGGAACGAUCAUGCUAUUGGAGAUGAUGGCCGCACACGGAUGUAAAAAUCUCGUGUUUUCGUCAUCGGCUACGGUUUAUGGCUGGCCAAAGGAGGUUCCGUGUACCGAAGAUUCCCCUUUGGCUGCAGUGAAUCCGUAUGGACGAACCAAGCUUUUUAUAGAAGAGAUCUGUUGUGAUCUUUGUCGUUCUGAUCCCGAAUGGAAGAUCAUACUUUUACGAUAUUUUAAUCCAGUCGGCGCACACCCAAGUGGCUACAUAGGUGAGGAUCCCCGGGGUACUCCGAACAAUCUCAUGCCUUAUGUGCAACAAGUUGCUAUUGGGAGGCAACCGGCAUUGACUGUGUUCGGAAACGAUUAUUCAACGAAGGAUGGUACCGGGGUACGCGAUUACAUCCAUGUCAUUGAUUUAGCAGAUGGCCACAUUGCUGCUCUCCGUAAACUAUCAGAUCCGAAAAUAAGAUGUGAGGUCUACAACUUAGGAACCGGAAAGGGAACAUCAGUUUUGGAGAUGGUUGCCGCAUUCGAAAAGGCAUCUGGGCAGAAAAUCCCUCUCGUAAUGGCCGGACGUCGACCCGGUGAUGUCGAAGUCGUUUACGCUUCAACAAAGAAGGCGGAACGUGAAUUGAAUUGGAAGGCGAAAUUCGGCAUCGAAGAGAUGUGCAGGGAUCAAUGGAACUGGGCGAGCAAGAACCCGUACGGAUACCAAACUCCAAACUUGAACACGAAUUAACCAAGUACAACGCUUCGCCGAUUGUAUGAAAUUAGAUGUUGGUGCGUUUUACAUGAUUUAGAUGACUUACAGAGAAUAAGGUGGCAACUUGUUUAUGUUGCUUAUCCAAACUUUGUUUAGGUAGUUCGUUUCUUGGACAAAAAGGACUUGAACGAGCUACAAC